UUUCUCUCGGGGAGGAAGAAGGAGAGGGGGCGGCGUGUCUGAUGUUGUGUAUCUGCAUUCUGGCUGCGACUGUGCUUUCCAUUCGCACUUAAUCUGUCAAGAUUUCUCCCCUCCUCGCACAUGAGAUCGGUGCAGAAGUACACUGGCACCAUUGGAUAGAGAGAGAGCAAGAGAAAAGGGAGAGACAGAAGGAGAGAGAGAGAGCGGCGGUGUGUGCCUCAGACUGCGCAGUGAUGCCUUGGCAGCUUCGGGAAGCAGGCGCACGUUCCUUUCACUAAUCGCCUCUUCUUCCUUCUUCCAAGCUUCGGACGAGGAGAUGCAGACCAUUAGGAUCUCCAGCGGUUUGUCAGGGCUGCAUGGGAAACGUAACCUCAGACUCAAGCAGGAAUAAGUGGAAUCCCUGUUAGGAAGCAGAGAAUUUAUACACAGACCUUCAUGAGAGGUGGUCUACUGCGAAAAACCAUGAAAAAGAUAUACAUUGGGAAAACAGCCCUUAAAACCUCUCGAACUGGUUGUAAACAUCAGAAAAAGAGCUCUCUGCAGGAACAGAAGGAAGACCUGCGCAAACGUCUCUCCUACACCACUCAUAAGCUGGAGCUUUUAGAGCGUGAGUUUGACUCCACGAGGCAGUACCUGGAGACCGAGCUGCGCCGAGCCCAGGAGGAGCUUGACAAGUUCACCGACAAAUUACGCCGAAUACAAAGCAGUUACUCAGCACUGCAGAGGAUCAACCAGGACUUAGAGGAUAAAAUCCACCGAAAUUCACAGCACCACGAUGAUGAGAAACGGGCUCUUAGCAGAGAAAUCAUCGUCCUUAACAAUCAUCUCAUGGAAGCUAAGAUGACCAUUGAGAAACUGAGCGAGGACAAUGAAUUGUACAGAAAGGACUGUAACCUGGCUGCACAGCUCUUGCAGUGUAAUAAGUCACAUUACAGAGCCCAGUUAUCUGAGUUACCUGCAGAGUUUCAGGAGCGUGUAAGCUUGCACAUGGAGGGUUCUUCCCUCUGCCACUCCCCAUAUGCCGACACAGUGCCUGCCUCUGUCAUUGCUAAGGUCCUGGAGAAACCGGACGAGGUCUGCAGCAGUCAAGCCUCUCACUCACCCAGCCCACAACCCCAGGAACGCCAGGGCUUCCUUGUGGGCACAAGCCUUGUGGGUAGCACUGAGCGCCUUGGCCUCCGAGCUACUUACAAAUCAGACCAGUACAGCAGUGACACAGCACUUUAUUGCCCUGAUGAACGGAGACGAGAGCGCAGACCCAGCAUGGACCUCCAUGGACAGCGGACAGUGUAUGAACCUCAGAACUCCAUUGAUAGCAACCCAGAAGAAGGAUCCAUGUCCCUGCAGCCCGGCUUCUCCCAGGACCACUUACGAAAGUUUACAACCUCUCUGGGAGGAGGCUCUAGCUCUUACUCCAGCUUUAGUGGAGGAGGGUCAGAGGACAAGGGUCAGGAUCCCCCAAGCAGUGCUGCCUCUUCUCCACGCCACCACGCCCUUUACAUGGACUGGAGGGAUGGGGGUGAAUACGAGCACAAGAGUGACUCUUCCUGGGAGAGGGAGAGUCCAAGCGCCUUUUCCAAGGGCCACACUUUUCAACCGCCUGAGUCCAGCCACCAUCAGAAUGGUAGCUCACCCAUCUACAGUAGAACAAUGUCCUCCUGUUACAGUGAACCUUAUGAGCCCCUGCCACCUUCCACCUCACCCAGCAUCACCUAUGGUGACAGUCGGCGUGGAAGUGCUUUUGCUCCUGAGGAAGAAGAGCUGAUUGGUCGGUGGCGGCAACUGAGUGUGGAAGAUCUGAGUGCCCACUCAUACCGCAGUCCUGGGCGGGCCUCACCCUACAGCUUCUCUGAGCAGCACUUCUCUGUCCGGCCUGCAAAAAUUCGCCUUGGUCCUCUUUACAGUAGCUUCCAGGAGGGUACUGAUGUAUACCACCAUCAUGGUGGGGUACUAGAUCCCUUCUCUAGCCCCAGCCCUGAGUGCAGCCCAGGCCUACAGCAGCAGCAAAGCCAACCUCACCUGUACCGCUCCAAGGAGGAUAGCCAAGAGUCCGAGCACAGCCUCUACAGCCCCAAGGAUGGUGGGGUGGCAGCCGGGGGCCAGGCAACGGAGUACGUUGACAUAAGUCCCAACAGUUCAAAUGAGUCACUGGACCAUGGAUCUCUGGAGAUGGCUGCCGAUCUGCAGCAUUACCAACCCGAGAGGCACAGCGUGUCCCCUCAGGGAACAACCCCACCACCUCCUCCACAACAGCCGUACCAAAAAUUUGGCACACUAGGGCUGUCACGUAAGGACAGUCUCACCAAGGCACAGCUCUAUGGUACUCUACUAAACUAAGAGCAGAGUUUCCUGGUUACUCUCUUUUACAGCUCUGUGGUACUCUGCUAAUCUAAGAGCAGAGUUUCCUUAUUACUCUCUUUUACAGCUCUGUGGUACUCUACUAAACUAAGAGCAGAAUUUCCUGGUUACUCUCUUUUACAGCUCUACGUUACUUUACUAAACUAAAAGCAGGGUUUCUGGGUUACUCUCUUUUGUCAGUAGGUUUUGAAUGUUAAGCUACAGUUUGAGCCAAACACAUGAUGGGAUUUUCUGUUGAAUAUUUUCAGUGCAUCAGCUCUCUUAUCAUUUUUCUCUCUAUUUCUGUAUCUCUUACAGUGUUUUCUAAACAUCGAACAUAAAUUGCUCGUUUCUAGUUAAUAUGAAGCUCUAACAUUCAGCACUAUUUGUAUAGCCUAUUUUGACCGUUUAUUAAUGGUUCUGUGUGGUUUGUGAGAAAGUAUUUUAAGUGCAUUAGGUGCAUUAUGAAUUUUUGGAAACUUGUCUGAAGAGAGAGACAUUUACUUUGUUUUACCAAAAGCCUUCUGGGCUCAUAAGGGUUUGUGAAUGGACAGCACAAGCUAUGUAAAAAAAUGCUAAUUUUGACAAGAAAUUUGAUCUUUUAUUAUAUAAUUUAUGAAUAGCUGUAUUUAUUGUUAAGUAUGCUAUAUCUAUAAUUGUUUAAUAAAUGUAACACUAUGGAGAGAUUCAAAAAUCUAUAUAAUUGUAAAUUAUUUAUAUUGCUAUAAAUAAGGCAAUCAGCACAAUUACACAAGCUGCAAACAAUUAAACAUGCCUCAAAUGAAGUUAAGUCAUGAUGACAAUUUGAGAUUUCACAACGACCCAUUGACAGAUCGUUCCACAGGUUUGUGGGCGAGACCUUGUGAAAAUAUUUUUGAGAAUACACUCUGCAUGGAUUCAUAUUACCCUAAGUCAGCCCUUCAAGAUCAAGUCUCAACUAAAGUGAAACUUCUAAUCUAUUUCUAUUUCAAAUAGAUGUGAUACUACUCAAAUCUAUUACACCAUCAAACAAGUACAUCUUGAAAGCACUGGGCAUUUUCUUAAACUCCUGAUGUGUUUUGUUGGGCGAAGGAAUUUCUGAGGUGAUUGUUCUUUUCGACGUUUUCUCUCUUUUGUUCCUCAGUGCUGUAAGCCCCUCCCUCAGGCCCUCUCUACCUCACGAUUCAAUCCCUCUCUUCUUUCUUAAUCAGCUGGGAUCCUGUGUCAGUUGACACAAUGAUGCAUGACUCUGUUUCUUCUGUUUUGCUUUCUAUAUCUAAUAAAGCACAAUAGUUGCACCAUGUCUGUCUCUUUAACUCCCUUUUUGUUUCCUUCACUGUUGGAGAGCUAGACUUGCUGCCGAGGUGUAUUGGGAAGAAUUUAUAAUCUGGUGUUCUGUUUCCUGCAUGAAAUGUUUCCUUGUUGUAUGUGAAUGGCAGCAUACAAAGGAAGG